AUGUCCACUACAACAACCGCACCUGCAUCAACCACAGUAUCAAUCAGAGGUGAGAAUGUACCCGUCACACUGGUACCAUCACUAGAUGUACCAAUCCAGACUGCUGUGAAUGCACCAAACUUCCAAAAGUGGAUCAAGAAGAUGGAUAAGCAGGAUCAGUUGAAGGUUAACUCGAUACUUAUUCAAUCGAUUGAUAUGUUUGGACCAAAUGUAGGAUUCUUGAAGUUUAAGGCAGAGGUACAUGCGCUGCCAGAGAAGAGACCUGUGCCAGGUAUCAUCUUUUGUAGAGGUGGAUCUGUGGCAAUCUUGGUCAUUCUGACCUCCAAGGAGACUGGCAAGGAGUACUCGUUGCUAACGGUGCAGACUAGAGUGCCCGCCGCCACAUUCGCAUACAGUGAGAUCCCCGCCGGCAUGCUCGAUGGCAGUGGACACUUUGCUGGCGUGGCCGCCAAGGAGAUGAAGGAGGAGACUGGAAUCGAUGUCACUGAGGACAGGCUGAUAGACAUGACCAAGCUGGCCUUUGGCGACAGUGCUGAGGGCAUGUACCCCAGUCCCGGUGGCUGUGACGAGUUCAUCAGAUUGUUCCUGUUCCGCGACACGCUGGAGCAGGCCAAGAUCGAUGAGUUGCAGAACAAACUCACUGGAUGUCUCUCUGAGAACGAGUCGAUCACCCUGCACGUCGUGCCCUUUGACGAGCUUUGGAGAAGAAGUCCGGAUGGCAAGACCCUGUCAUCACUCUUCCUGUACGAGAAGCUUAGAGCUGAGAAGAAGUUGUAA